UUGUCGUACUUUCUGUCGUAGUGUGUUUUAAUCACUUUAUUAGUCUGUAAAGAGUAUAUUUUGAUCUCUAACAUGAGGAUACCCAGCUGGUGGUUACUUUUCGUGGUCCUGAUUUGCAGUUGUUCCAGUUAUGAUGUUUGUCGGACUACUGCUUAUCUCAGACAUUAUUGUCCAGACAGAUUUGAGUGUUGUGGAGAAGACGGGAUACACUGCUGUGUUAUUGAUAACACCCUCAAGUAUGUCAUGUUUGGAAUGAUCGGUUUUGUGGCGCUGGUAGCCAUAAUCUCCCUCGCUUCUGUGCUGCUCUGCCGGGCAUUCCCUCAAAAGAUCGAUAUUUUGAAGGCUAAAGAUGUCACCGUUGAUCAGUUGAAACAGUCAGAUAGAACAGGAGCUGUAGACCGGGUUAGGAUAAGUUACCAAGAUGCAUGUUACCAGGAGGAUCAGGCCUGGCUACAAGAGAAGCAAAACGCGGAAGAUGGUUUGCAAAAGCAAAGGAUUGAGUUAGAGUUGGCAGAGAGUCGAGCUAGAAUAGGAUCUGAGAUCUUGGAGAAAGCCCAAAGGAAUCAGGAGGACUCUAUCCACAUUGAUCAAGCUCUACAAAGAAAGAUUGUCUGUGAUGGCAGAGUUUUAAAAACUCGCAUCCUAUGGGACCUGGCAGUAGAACUAACAAAGCGAGACCCUCUUACUCUGGCACCGAUCAUUGAGAAGGCUAGAAGGAAAAAGAUCAACGAAGAAGAGAGAAUCUUGAAGUGGGCUCGGGAAAUACUUUUCUUCUUGGAGUAUGCUGACGCGUUGGAGAGGGCAUUAGAAGGGGGCUCAUACGAAGAAUUGUGUAAUAUUCUAGCUAAAAUUAGAGAUCUGGGCUUUGAGAAGAAAUGUGCUCGACUCGUCUUCCGAGCUAAACUCAAAACGGAGAGGAUUGAAAAGUUUCAGCACCUGUUAAAAGCUGUGUUGGAGAUGAACCACAUGCAGAUGCAGGAUCUCAUCGAUUACUCCGACCCGGAUGAAGGGGGUGAUAACCCUGCACCAGAAUCCCUUAUGAGGGUUCUGCAGGCAAUAGCAAAGUUACUAGGGGGUGAGGAGGAGUGCUGGAUGGAGCUCCAAGCGAUGGUUACCAGAAUGGGAGAGGGCUCUCUUAAACGGAGGGCUAUGUGCUGUGAAGUUGAGAUGAUUCCUCCUGAAAUAAUAACAGAGGUUUCGACGCUGCUAAAAGAGAUAGAUGAUAUAACGAUCCAGGAGGAAUGUCCAAUUGCUCUACCCAUGUACAAAUGGUGCCAAAGUAUAGUGGAGGAGCGGUUUAUAAUGAACGAGGAGCUGCACUUGGUGAACCAGGAGAAGUUAGCGGCUAUCCCAGCUCCACAAGUCUCUUCUAUCAAUAGUCCCAGAACUAGGAAACACAGGAUACAGCCUAUCUAAACAGGAUACAACAUACCUUAGACUUAAUGCUGGGGUUCUUCUGAGCUGAAGAGGACAUUAUUCCAAUAACGAGACUUUCACUUUAGGUAGGAGAUACGAAGAGUCUCACUGUGACAUAUACAAUGUAGACAGUUCCGCGGCGAUACAAUCGGUGUUGAGGGACUAGAUAUUGUCUACUGUAUAAUGUGACCAAUGAGCUUGUUAUUAAGAGAAUUGUCGACUGUAUUAUACACAGUCUUGAUGAGAUGCCUUUGUUAAAUAUGAGCGGGACUGACAAGUCGUUGGUACUUCACGAAGGAGCUACAGUUACUAUCUAAAGAUUUAAGGGCGAUAAGUGUCUAAUACUAUAGAUAUUAUCUCUGACACACUGGUACCCCUUGUUACCAGCUUAUAUGUAAUAGAAAUAGCAGGCAGCACGUCUCUCUAGACUAUAUGUUGCCUACUUGACGAAUAUGCACCGCGCGAGAUUGCUCAUAUAGUACCAUAAUAAGAUAAUAUGGUCUUACCUCCCCAACCCUAAUAUAACUCCGAAACUAACCAUAACCACGAUCAGAUUUGCGUUUUAAUAGCCUGUUACGUGACCAAAACAAAUUUUGACCGUAAUUCCUCAUGGAUGCAUUUUUACCUAACGUAGUUUGGGUGAUUCGGAAUCAGCGUUCAAAAUACAUCGAAUGAAGUCACUUUCAUGCCACCAGGGCCUUUACACACGAUUUUUUAUUUGGGCGAUCGAUUUAGUGGGAGCUCCACCAGCAUCCUAGGUCCUUGUAACACGAAACAUUUACUGGUAUAUUUGAGGUAAGCUAUCGCAUGGGAUGUUUCAUAUUCAUGGGACAUUUGGCGUCAGAACGAGGCCGAGGCUUGUAUGUGCAAAAUUAAUUAUGAAUUCAUACAUUGGAAAUAUCGAACAAAGGCACUUAUUAUAAAAGGACCUCAUCAAUUGGUCGGUUGCUUUUGUCGCGUUACCAAGUUAACGGGACUAUUGGUUUAUUAUGAGAUCUUUACCUAGUUACCUGUAAAUACCUAGUUACCUCAUAUUUGCGCUUCUUUUGAUAGUUACGAUCGUUGCACCAGGCACCUUGUACGGAGCUGAAUAGUGGUAUUAGUAAGUAUUGGCCUUAUAUUUGGCAAUUUGAUAUUGAUAACCUUCGAGUAACGUUAUCUGCCGCUUAACUAGGGACUCAAAUUUGGGGUUUUGUUAAAUAUCAAAAUGUUCUGUGGCGGACAAAAAUAUGGGCGUUACGGCGAAAACCUCAAUUGUUGAUUAUAAAAAGCCUUUCAACAUCCUCGAAAAGAUAAGCUGUGCGACGUAAUAAAUGUAUAAGCAGGUGUUUUAGUACGAUUAGCAGUCCAAAGUUUCUCACGCAGCACACUUUUAUGAUGAGUUCAUGUGAUGGGUCUUGUCGAGCCUGAUAAUGUGAAACAUUCCAAUAGACAACAAAUAACAUCUGUUCAGCUCAUAUCGGAAAAGUUGCUCGUCAUUUGUGUCUGCUGUGGGUACUGUCAAUAUUGGCUUACUUGCCGCAUAAAAUAGUUCCAAAAGUGAAACCUGAAAAAAUUGCGACAUGCAGUUCCAGCAAAAGGUGACGAUUUUUCCACCAACCUUGUCAAUAAUGCCUCGUGCUUUUCUGAAAUAACGUUGGUUUUGUCGUCUGUCAUUCGUAUCUCUUGUCUACUCAGUACUCUGUAGUUUACUUGAACCACGUCAGGUGUUGGCCUAUUUGGCGUUCAUCUGAGUACCCAUUCAGCUUAUAUCGCUCAGCAGUAGGGUUUUAUAAUUUUCCUAAAAAUUGGAACCCCUACAUUUGUAAUUUGUAAGCUUCAGCUUGGGGAGUAGAAAUCGUGGACAGUUAAAUUACAAAAAGCGACACUUGAGAUUUGCGACUUGGAAUGGUACCCCAGCUUCGGUAGUACCACGAUAAUUGACCUGACAAUUAUAACGAUUAUAACAAUUAUAACAAUUAUAAACUUUAGGAUCCAACUUUAGGAUCCAAUAAUGAGUGUUGGACGUCAUAACUUCGUCAGAAUAGUUUUUUCGUUCUAAUUUGUGGCAGACCUCCGUGGAGUGAGUUCUGUUAUUCAAUUUGAAUGCUUAUUAAUUCA